GUCGAAAUGUCUUGUGUCUUGGGAUUGUACUGUUGGGAGACUGCUCAUAGACAGUCUUCUUUAGAAAGAUAGAUCGACCUGUUUAGAUUCCAGAAACGAUACUGCAUGAGAUCCACCGUGAAGAUUGCCAGGUUGGCGGCUGCUGCCAGUCGACAGGCGCCUCUGUCAGUAGCUCGACCACUGAGCACCGCGUCUCGACCCAAGACAUCCUUCGCUCGACAUGGUGUCAGCCCGCAUUCGAACCUCAGUAGAAACGUCUGGACAGCUCCGAGAGGGUGGAGAGCGGAUCAAGAGCCCAAGACUGUGCUGUCAGAAAGUCCGAGAGGCGAAAUCAAGAGCCCGCAGUACGAGUACAAGUUCUUAGCCAAACCUGCUAAAGUCGCGAUCGUAGGAUGUCCUUUCAGUGGAGGUCAAGGCCGAUCUGGCGUAGAUUUGGCCCCGAAUAGGCUCAUUGGAGCUGGUCUGGUGUCUCAACUAGCUAAUCUUGGUUGGGAAGUGCACUAUGAGACCCAGCAGUCGUUUGUCGAUAUCCCGUAUAAUCCUGUCCCAGCAGAUUCAACCCAAAUCAAGGGCAAGGAGGUGAACAACUCGACUCCUGGCGCGAGCUCGAAGACCGACAUGAUACAGAGAUUACCGGAUCCCGAUAUCGGCAGAAUGAAGAAACCCAGACUCGUAUCUGCGGUGUGUGAAAAGGUCGCUUCGGAAGUCGGAUCAAUAGCCAAGAAGGGAUGGUUACCGUUGACGCUGGGUGGAGACCACUCCCUGGGUCUCGGUACAGUCUCUGGGACGAAGAGCAAAUAUCCGAAUGCCGCACUCAUCUGGGUUGACGCCCACGCCGAUAUAAACACACCAGAAACGACCGAUUCUGGCAAUCUCCACGGCUGCCCCGUCUCCUUCUUACUCGGCUUGACGGGGUGCAAUAUCGAGCCAUUCAACCAAUGGGUCAAACCGUGUCUCAAACCUGAAGAGCUGGUCUACGUUGGUCUGAGAGAUAUCGAUCCUGAAGAGCGCAAGCUCCUCAAAGCCAACGGCAUCAAAGUCUUCACCAUGCACGACAUCGACAGACACGGUAUUGGCAAAGUCAUGGAAAUGGCUAUUGCGCAUGUCAACAAGAAUGGAGACACACCGAUACAUCUCAGCUUCGAUGUCGAUGCGCUGGAUCCCAGCGAGGCUCCGAGUACUGGUACUCCUGUGCGAGGUGGUCUGACGUUCCGAGAGGGACACUACAUCACGGAGGCGGUCGCAGAGACUGGCUGCCUGGUCGGUUUGGACAUUAUGGAGGUCAAUCCAUCUUUAGUGGACAAAGCUGCUGCGGAGAAGACAAUCGCUGUGGGAUGUUCUCUGGCCAGGGCCGCCUUGGGGGAGACGUUGCUGUAGCGAUAGGGACAAUCAUGCAUGGCAACACACAACCGGAA